AUGCCUUCGCCAUCUUCUUCGAGGACGAUGAGGGCCGUACAGUACGACAAAUAUGACGGAGGAGCCGAGGGCCUCAAGCACGUGGAGGUGCCGGUCCCGUCGCCGAAGAAAGGCGAGCUGCUGGUUCGGGUGGAGGCCGCCAGCAUCAACCCGCUGGACUGGAGGUUCCAGAAGGGCGUCGGGCGGCCCUUCUUGCCCAGCAAGUUCCCCUUCACCCCGGUCUGCGAGCUCGCCGGUGAGGUCGUCGAGCUGGACGCCGGGGCCACUGGCUUCAGGCCGGGCGACAAGAUCAUCGCCGUCAACUUCCCGGGUAGCGGCGGCCUAGCCGAGUACGCCGUGGUGUCGGCGUCGAACGCGGCGCUGAGGCCGCCGGAAGUGUCGGCAGUUGAAGGCGCGUGCAUUCCCAUCGCGGCGGCCACCGCGCUCAUGGCGCUCAGGACGGCCGGGGUCAGCCUCGACGCCGGCGACGGCCCCGCCAAGAACGUGCUGGUCACCGCGGCCUCCGGCGGCGUCGGCACAUUCGCCGUGCAGCUGGCCAGCCUAGCGGGCCACCACCACGUCACGGCUACCUGUGGCGCGCGCAACCUGGACCUCGUCCGCGGCCUUGGCAGCUCCCAGCGACGUUGA